AUGGUGGAGGGAACGGACGCCCCUUUGAGGAACAUUUCGACAGGAAACCGGGACAGCAAGUACCUCUCUUUCCCCUGGGUGGUGACUUUACUCUCCACUGUUCUCAUCACUACGAUUAUAGUAGAUGUUCUGGGCAACCUGCCAGUCAUUGUUUCAGUCGCACCACCGACUGGCCUCAAUAAGAGACUUCACCAUGCCGGUAAUGCCUUUGUGGUGAGUUUGGCUAUAGCAGAUCUAGUAGUGGCCAUCUACCCCUACCCGCUCGUCCUAACCGCCAUCUUCCAUGACCGCUGGAUCGCCGGUGAUAUUCACUGUCAAAUCAGCGGCUUCCUCAUGGGGCUCAGUGUGAUCGGCUCUAUUUUCAACAUCACAGGUAUCGCCAUCAACCGCUACUGUUACAUCUGCCACAGCCUUAAGUACGACAAGCUCUUCUCCAACAAGAACACAGUAUGCUAUGUGGUCCUGGUCUGGGUGCUGACUGUCCUGGCAAUCGUCCCAAAUUGGUUUGUGGAGUCUCUGCAGUACGACCCGCGCGUCUACUCGUGCACCUUCGCCCAAUCGGUGAGCUCGCUCUACACCAUCACGGUGGUGGUGGUGCACUUCAUUCUGCCCAUUGGCAUUGUCACAUACUGCUACCUACGCAUCUGGAUCCUCGUCAUACAGGUGCGCAAACGGGUCAAGCCGGACAGUCGGCCCAAGAUCAAGCCCCAUGACUUCAGGAACUUUCUCACCAUGUUCGUGGUGUUUGUGUUGUUCGCC